CAUAAAGCACAGCACCGAGACUCAUGGCGGUCGCAUCGGCAAUCCGACACUGUAGGUCUACAUUUGCUGCGCGUCGCAUUAGUUCAGCAUGGCAGCGGUCGAAUUGGUCACCCAGGGGACGGCCUAUGGCCUCCUUAUCGGUCUCGGAGUCCUCUUCUGCGGUGUGAUUCUGGUGGCGAUCAAAGUCCAGAAAGCAUAUCUGUCCGAGGACUCGAACACCUCGGAGAUGUUCAUGGUCGCAAAUCGGUCGGUUGGCACGGGAUUGACAGCUUCUGCCGUCUUCUCAUCGUGGAUGUGGAUCAACGAGACAGUGCUCUCGGCCGCAAUGUGCUAUCGUUAUGGAUUGGCAGUUCCGCUGUGGUGGGGAUCCGGGCUCUGCUUUCAGAUUGCCUUGAUGGCUGCUUUGGGCGUCAUGGCCAAGAUUCGGGUGCCCUAUGCACAUACAUCGCUGGAAAUCACUCGCAUGCGAUAUGGCUGGGUGGGACAUGUCAUUUACAUGAUCUUGAAUCUGACCAACAACGUGUUUGGCUGUGCUUCCAUGAUCUUGACCGGCUCGCAGCUAAUCCACGGUGUGUCGGGCAUGAACUUUGUUGCUGCCACCAUCUUGAUUCCCUUGGGAGUGGUUCUAUAUACGGCCGUUGGUGGGCUGAAGGCAACCUUUCUUACAGACUUUCUGCACACCACCGUUGCGUUGAUCUUGAUCAUCUACUUCACCCUUUCCGUUCUCACACACCCUGCCAUAGGUGGAUUGGCCGGCCUUUACGACAAGGUCGUGGCCACCGCGAGCGAAAACUACAUUCCCGGCAACUUUGACGGAUCGCUGCUCACUAUGAAGUCGAAGGGGGCGAUUAUCUGGGGUCUCAUUCUGAAAUUCGGCAAUUUGGCUCUGGUCGUCAUGGACACCGCAUUCUGGCAAAAGUCCUUUGCCAGUGAAGUGAACUCCACGGUACCAGCAUACAACUUGGCUGCAGUGGCCGUGUUCGGAAUUCCCUGGGGCUUGGGUACUGUCAUCGGCCUGUCUGCUCGAGCCUUGCACCACACGCCCAUCUGGCCCACCUACCCGGUUGAUAUUACCUCCACAGAGGUCAGCACGGGCAUGGUGAUGCCCUAUCUAGUCAAGGCCCUCCUUGGGGAAUCCGGAAUGAUAGCCUUCUUCGUGCUUCUGUUCAUGGCGCUGACCAGUACGGUCUCCUCGUCGAUGAUUGCCGUCAGCAGCAUCCUCUCGUUCGACAUGUACAAGACGUACGUCAACCCGGAGGCCAGUGACCGCCGACUCCUUGGGGUCAGCCACCUGGCAGUGGUAUUCCAUGCCAUCUUCAUCACGGGCAUCUCUAUUGCGCUCAACUAUGGCGGUGCCAAUAUGACAUGGAUCGGUUACUUCCGGCCCAUUCUUUCCUGCCCCGGCAUCAUUCCCCUAGGCUUGACCUUGUUCUGGUCGCGCCAGACCCGUCUGGCUGCCAUCCUGUCGCCAGUGCUAGGAUUCUUUACCGGUCUUGCUAUCUGGCUCGCGACAGCCAAGUCCCUCUAUGGCGCCGUCAACAUGACCACCACAGGAGAAGAAAUGCCUGCGCUUUAUGGUGCCAUCGGCUCAUUCUUCUCACCCGCCUUGUAUUCCGUCUUGAUCUCUCUAUACCGUCCAUCGACCUUUGACUGGCGGGAGUUCCUCCGGAUAGAACUGGUGGAAGAAACAUCCGACACCAAUGCUACCGUAACCAAAGAAUCCAAGACCGAGGGCGUUUACAUCUCCACGGACACUAGCCCGACCUCGACACCAAGUCGUCUCAGCCUGGACGACGUGCGCCACCCUUUCACGGAAGACACCUUGAAAAAUCUGUAUCGGUGGUCGCGGAUCGCAUGGAUCAUGUUUGUGGUCUUGGUCCUUAUUACCUUUGUGGCGUGGCCAAUGCCGCUUUAUCGCAACUACAUUUUCACCCAGUCAUUCUUCUCAGGAUGGACGACGGUCGCCAUCAUCUGGCAAUUCUGUGCCUUUUUUGCCGUCGUCGUCUUCCCGCUAUACGAUGGACGGUUCGAGAUUGCCAAAGGCGUACGGGGAGUGGUGACCUCGACGCGUGAGUUCAUUGGGCAGCGGAGAGGACAAUCAGGGUAAUCAAACACAACCCAAUCAUUCAAUAAAUCUAUUAAAGAAUCUUUGUCUUAAUAUACAGUAAUCCCCACUAGGCCUCAUUACUUUUUCUCUUUUUCGGCCUCCCCAGCGAGCUUCUCCAUCUGCUCCUUUCUCUUCUUCAACACCUCCUGUAUCUCUUCCACGGUCUCCUUCAGAACGCUCUCGGCCUCCUUACCCUUCUUCUCCUGCAACGUCCGAAGCGACUGCAACUGGCUUAGAAUGUUCGAUCCCCCGGGCACCAAGUUAACCC